AUGCACGCCGCGGCUCCAACUGCACAUGCGCACCACGCAGCGCACACGGUGCACGCGCACGGCACCCAUCAACAGCAGCAGGCGAAUGUGAUGCCGCUGAAAACGGUGGCUCCCGUGCACUACUCCCCGGCCCAGAGCGCUCGUGCGGCCACUCAAGGAGUAGCUUCCACCUCUUUGCCGCAGCGAAGCCCACAUGUGGUCAGCAACAAGAACUUGGGCCAUUACAUCUUGGGCCGUACCAUCGGUGAGGGUACGUUCGGCAAGGUAAAGCUUGGAAGGCAUAUCCUCACUGGUGAGCGUGUCGCCGUCAAGGUCUUAGAAAAGGACCGCAUCCAGGAGGUAGCCGACAUCGAGCGUGUGGCCCGGGAAGUGCAGCUCCUCAAACUGAUCCGGCACCCACACGUGGUGCAGCUUUUCGAGAUUAUCGAAACACGCGGUCAGCUUUACCUCAUCAUGGAGUAUGCCUCCGGCGGCGAACUCUUCGACUACAUUGUCCAGAACCAACGGGUUCCAGAACCUGAAGCUUGCCGUUUUUUCCAUCAAAUAAUCGCCGGCGUCGAGCAAAUUCACGCGAUGAACGUUGUUCAUCGCGACCUGAAGCCCGAGAAUCUGCUUCUGGAUGAGCACAAGUGCAUCAAGAUUGUUGAUUUUGGGCUCAGCAACCGCUUCGACGACAACCAGCUGCUGAGAACUGCCUGCGGCUCUCCUUGCUACGCUCCUCCGGAGAUGGUCUCGGGACAGAGCUAUGUUCCACAGAUGUGCGAUCUCUGGAGCUGUGGUGUAAUCCUCUUCGCGAUGGUUUGCGGAUUCUUGCCCUUCGAGGACUCCAACACCUCGGCGCUCUACAAGAAGAUCCUCGCAGCCAACUACACGGCUCCCUCCUUCAUCACGGACUCCGUGAAGGAGCUUAUCGCAGGGCUCUUGACAGUAGACCCGGCCAAGCGCUUCACCAUUGCAGAUGUGAGAGGGCAUGAGUGGUACCGCCAACUCCCGGAGGCAUCCGUCCGUCCACGUGACUUGGUGUCACGUCAGUGCGGCCUGGAAGAAGACGUGUUGCAGGAGCUGAAAUGCCACGGCUUUCCUCAGGAAUAUGCCACAAACUGCCUCCUGAACAACAAGCACAACAGCGUCACAACUACGUACUAUCUGCUCGCGGCCAAACGGCGCAGGAUGGCAGAGCAUUUGCAGCUGAGGGAGUCUGAACGUGCCCGCGAGGAUCGCGCCAGGUCUCCGGCUCCUUCGCCCGGAGCAUCGGCGAUGGAUGACAGGCCGGCCGCAGAGCCUCUUCGCGAAAACAGCACAGGUACAGACGGAAAGGUACACGUGUUGGGCUCGGGCAGUGGGACUACGCAAAAAGACAGCGAGAAGGCCGACGCCCGUGCUGAGGCUGCGGCAAUCUUGCGCGAAGCGACGCCUGAGCCACGUCCAGAGCACAACACAGCCGUGUCCCCACCCUCCUCCACUCGAGCUGGCGUGACCCGGCCUGGCUCUGCCCGCACUGGGGCGAGCCCGCAGGACAUUUCUCAUUCCCAGGUGUCGACACCCACUGCGAUCUCCGGACGCGCUGCUGUGACACGACCGAACUCGCUCCGCACCACCCAGGCAAGCGGCAGCGAUGUCACUCGCGAUACGCAGGUUUCUCCGCCAACCUCUGGACGAAUUGGAGUGGCGCGACCUACCUCAGCACGCGCUGGCGCCAGCCCGCAAGACGUCGUGGCUCGCCACACCCCGACAUCUGCAAGGGUAACAGUCCCAAACUCUCCGACUCCCUCCAUUGCAAGCUCCUCUGGCGGAGUUUCGGCAGACAUUCGUAUGGAUAUCCAGGCCCACUACGUGCUGAGGAUGGCGCAGACUCCGGCCAGCGUUGCACGCUCCAGCACCGUGCCAUCACGGCCUGUGAUCCAAGGAACACCGCAGACUGCACCGAGCACGCCUCGCCAACCAAGCUCCCGAGGUGUGCCAGAGGUCAGCAAGGUGGGUCACCGCAUGGUAGCAUCGCCCAACCCUUCGCAUCGUGUCACUCUCUCGAACUCUGCGCGCGCAGCCCGUGUUCCAGAAGUGCGCCCCGAUCAACAGGCGACCAGCCAGGCGCGCUAUGUCGUUCGCCCUAUGGUGGUGGGCGGCAGAGUGGCUGGCUCGAGCCCCGUCCAAGUUUCCCGGCGUGUUGUGACAGGCCAUGGAGCCCAGGCCACGCCGAGCACACCACGUCAGCCCACUUCCCGAGGCGUCGUGGCACCAACUGCUCGAAUGGCCUAUCCCACCGCAUGGGCAUAUGGCCGCGUGCGCUGA